UUUUCCCGGCCAACGACUCCACGGCGCCUCAGGACGUGGCCAACCGCUUCGCCCGCAAAGGGGCGCUGCGACAGAAGAACGUGCACGAGGUGAAGGACCACAGAUUCAUCGCCCGCUUCUUCAAGCAGCCCACCUUCUGCAGCCACUGCACCGACUUCAUCUGUUCCUAGACCGGGAUUCUGGGAGGCAGCCAUCUCCAGAGCCAGAUCCAUUUGCUGUUGCACAUCAGGAGAGAUCAAAAGCAGCAAAGUUUAUUUGCUGGAAACUGAAGAAGGAUGCUGCUCAACAUCAGAGACUUGAUGAGACUGUGGCUGGAACUCCACACCAAUUUGCAAACCUUCAGCUUCAGACACAGCCCUUGCAGGAUGAUUACACAGAUCCAGAAAUGAGCACAGCUGCUUCUGACAGCCCUCCUCUGAAACCCCAGGAGAGUACAGAUGAGCCUCCAGAACCCUUUGAGCAAGUUGAACCUUCUGCAGUCCAGCAAGAAGCCCCAGUUCAACAACUCGGUAGUGAGGAAGUAGAGCAAUCAGUACACCACGAGGUAAAUGCUCCAUCUCCAAAUAUGAACGAAGCUCAGCCUUCAAACGUGCUAAAAGGCACUGUGAAACAUGUUGAUCUGGAGGUUACACUAACUCCAGAGCCUUCUCUAAGCCAGCAGCAGGCCUCAGAGAGCACUGAGAAUGUAACAUCUUCAUCCACCCAACAAGUGGCUCCAGCUCAGACUUCAGAGCUCCCUGAAGACACUGAAGCUUCUGGAAGCCAGAUGGAAGCCCCAGUUCAGCCUACAGAGCCUCCGGAAGAAGUCAAACCUCCCGUUGAGCAAGAGGCUACCAUUGAAGCUCCAGAGUCCCCUAUGGAGAGUACAGCUCCAACUCCACCAAGUCAGGAGGUAACAGUUCAACCUCCAGCUCAGGAUCAAGCUGAUCAGAAUAUCUUGCCCAGCAUUACAGGGAAGCCUGUGCAUCUCCAACUUAGCAUAACUGUACAACCUAUUACUGAAGAUGAGCUUUCUCCAGCCAUGCAAGAGACCCCAGUUCAGCUUACAGAGCCCCCUAUGGAGGUUGUACCUCAAUCCCCAGUACAACAGGAGAUGACAGUUCCAAUACCAGGUCAGGAUGAAGUUCCGUACCCAACAUCACCCAGUGUCACAUUUCAACCUUCAGACCUGGAAUUAACCAUAACUACAGAAACCACCACAGGAGCUGACCUUUCUCCCGUCAUGCAGGAGACCUCAACUCAGCCUCCAGAGCCACCUGAGCACCCUGAGGUGACACUUCCACAUCCAGUCCAGAAUCAGGCUCAGCAUCCCAACCUGAAUGAAGUCACAGUUCAACCUUUAGCUCUAGGAGUUCCCUUAACUUCAGAGUCCAAACAGUCUACUACUCUGAAGAAGACAACAGCUCCUCCCCCAAAGGUGGAGGUGACACUUCCACAAGUCACGGUUAAGACUUUAAAGCUGGAGCUUACCAAAUCUUCACAACCUACCACAGAGGUUAAACGUUCAUCUAUGCAGGAAACCUCAACUCAGCCUCCAAAGCCAGCUGCAGAGACUAAAAUUCAGCCUUCAACAUCAGGUCAAGAUCAGGCUCAGCGUCCAACGUUGGCAGUUACAGAGGCAAAUAACACCACAACUCCUCCUCCACAGCACCCUGAGGUGACACCUCCACAUUCAGAACAGCUUCAGUCUGGUCUGGAACGUACCACUAUUGCACAUUCUGUAAAUCCCACCACAGAAAGUGCGCUAACUGUGCAAACGGAACCGAAUGCCACCCCGUACACCAACAUAUGUGAGCUCUGUACCUGUCGAGAUGAGUCACUGUUGUGUGUUGGUCUCAGCCCAACGCAGAAGCUCCGCCGAGUGCCUGUGCCGAAGCCCAACACCUACAAGAAGGUCCUCACCACCCUAAAUUUCCAUGGAAACGCUAUUGAUUACAUUGAUAAAAAUACAUGGAAAGCCUAUCGUUGGACUGAGAAACUAAUUCUCAGUGAAAAUCGCCUGACUGAAUUACGUAAGGAUUCAUUUGAAGGCCUGCUGUCCCUUGAGUAUUUAGAUUUAUCCUGCAAUAAAAUACAGUAUAUUGAAAGACGGACAUUUGAAUCACUACCUUUUUUGAAAUUCGUAAAUCUUGGUUGCAAUUUAAUCACUGAAUUGAACUUUGGAACAUUUCAAGCAUGGCAUGGAAUGCAGUUUUUACACCAAGUGUAAGUGGAAUAGAAGACAAACAUGUUUCAAACUUAUUUGUGUCUUAAAAAAAAAAAA